AACGCGCCUCAGUCAAUUCUUUAACUACGUUGUGGGCAGCUGUUAAAUUAGCGCGCUCUUUUCAAGCCCGGUUUAAACUGACGGUUAACGAGAUGUUUUUCGGUUAGCGAAAUCACAUUUUCGCUGGAAAAUGAACAAGAUUUACAGGAUUUGCGUUGUCCUAGUGAUCUGUUUUGUGAAAAGUAUUCUUGGGAACAUCGAUUAUGUUUACGAGGACGUCAAGUCAAAGGUUGAACUACAGUGCGUUCAACAUUGCCCCUUGCAGAAUCGAACCGACGUCGGCCAUUAUGAAUAUGCCUGCGAUUAUAAAUGCAAUAUUGACCAGUGCGCCAAGGGUUGUAAACUGUGGAGAAAGGCUCUAACGUCCUCCUGUCAGAGAAUAUGCAACGGAACGUCAAACCGCUUGACAUCGCGAGAACUUUACUGCGUCAUGGGAUGCAACGACGCGAUAGCGAAAUAUUUCUCCGAAUUGCGAUCAAGGUUAGGGAUUCCCCCGGCACCGGCGUUACUGGCGGGCUCUCUCGAAUCCACGUCGCUGAAGCUAGAGUGGAAGUUUCCGGAAGCGGUCAAAGUUGGAUUGAACUGUCACGUUCAGUGGCGGUACGAAGAGUUGGCCGCCACCUGGCAGUAUUGCAGAAACGUAACUUGGAAUGCAGACAAUAGCAAUUUUUUCGUACAAGGCCUGCAACCCUACACGAAAUACAGGUUCCGCAUCGCCCUCAAUUUGGGACACGGUCUCGGGGACCCCAUUCUAUCCGCUCAAAGCGUUGUGAUUUCUACACUGGCUUCCGGAGUGCCCGCUUCGCCGCCUGUCAACGUUAGGGCGGCACCAAUGGAUCCCCAUUCGGUCAGCGUCAGCUGGGAACCCGGACCUUUCCCGCACGGCCCACUCCUUUCCUAUGUCGUUCAAAUCACCGAUAGUUAUCCUUCGGAGGGCGCCGAGUCAGCCUUCUCAGAAAUCAAGGAUAUAGGACCGAAUAACACUUUUUAUAUAUUUCGAAACCUAAAAUCCGCAAGAAAUUACACGGUCGAUGUUAGAAUGAGGAAUAAUUACGGCCCCGGCCCCGUCGCUAGGACUCUGAUGUCCACACCAGCCGAGACGCACAAUACGGAAAAUCAAAAUCCCAUCCUUAUAAUUGGCACCGAACACAGCGUAUUUGAAUUAGAGUAUAUGCUAGGGGAACCCAUUCAUUUACUACAUUCAGAUCAAGUACAAUUGCAAGGUAUAGAUAUUCACAUUAGUCAAAAAUUGCUGUUUAUAUCCGACGACAAUGGGUCGGUGUGGAGAGUACCAAUCGAACAAGAGACCAAAAAUAAAACGCUAAUUCUCACAAAGAGUCAAUUGGGAUUUGUACCAUUAAAUAUAUCAGUCGAUUGGUUAAAUGACCAAAUAUAUAUACUGGGAAAGGUGACGCCAAGGAAAGAUCAGGAGCGAUACAUUAUAAAACGCUGCAAUUUAGAGGGAGGUGAUUUGACAGUUGCUUUCGCUGGUUUAAGCAGACAACCAACCACCAUGCAAGUGGAUCCUUGCAAUGGUUACCUAUUCUGGUCCAUCCAAGAUUAUAAUAGAGGCGGUCUUUAUCGUCUCGAUAUUUCCGAAAUUAGCAACGGAAUCAGGCACGAAGUGAAAGUUAAGAAAAUUUCAAACGAAACAGAUCUCGGCGCAUUCAUAAUUGACCAUACCAACUUUAGACUUCUGGUGUCGUAUCAACGCGAAAAUACCAUCAAAGCAGUCUCACUGGAUGGGCAGGAAAUAAUCAAUCUAAGACCAAAGGUCGCCAACGCCAAGUUGAAAAAAGUGAUAUCACUCGCAACGGCCAAUAAAAAAUUUUAUUGGACCGACGGAGAUAAUGUUUAUUACGAAGAAUAUUAUCCCUCAUGGGAGAACUAUUUUCACAAUAUGAUAACUCAUUUGGGUAAGAGUAAGUACAAAAAGAUCCUUAUCAAUCUACCCGGCAACCAGCCGUGGCCAGUACCACUUAAUCCACCUACCAGUUUGCAAGGGAUAUUUGAGAGCAAUAUCGCGAAGAUCAAGUGGCAACCUCCACAUUUGUUGGGUUUGCAAGGUAAAGGUGCGUGGCAAAACUGGUCUUACGAAAUUACUGUUAAAGACACAAAUUUGAACAAAGUUAUGACUUAUAAAGAUAUAAACACGACUUCAUACACGAUUGCAAAUUUAAAUCAAAAUACCGAGUACAUCCUUAAAGUGUCCGCCUACAGUAAAUUCGGCCAAGGUCCGUGGUCUUCAGAAUUUAAAGGAAACACAUUAAGCUCGAAUACAAAUCCAUUGAUCUUUUGGUCCGCUGGAGAUGGUUUGAUGACCUCUAACGCGAUAUGCGAAAAUAUUACCACCAUAAUCCACAAAAGUCGACUGAGGAAUCUUCACUUUACAGAUAUGUCAUGGUAUAAAGAUCAGGUCUACUUACUUACAAACAACAGCCAUGUUUACUAUUAUAAUCUGACGUCGCAUAAAAAAGGUAGAUUGGUUGAUAUUGAUUCAGUAGGCAGUAUCGCAGUGGAUUGGAUUGGGAAAAAACUGUACUGGUCUAAUCUUAAACAACAGUUGAUAAUUCGAGGCAACCUUAACGGAACUCAACAAGAACCACUGCCAAUUUUAACAUUGGCCAAAGAACUGAACAUUGAUUCAGUGAAAGCUUUCUUGUAUUGGUCCACAGAGUAUGUAAUUGAAUGUACUCAUCUUAAUGGCGUUGAUAGAGUUCAGUACCACCAUGUCGAAUUAUUUUCGGGAAAACAAGUUAUGGGUCUUACUUUGGACAUGGACCAAAAGUAUGUAUACUGGAUAGUAAGAGGAUCAGAUGGUUCAAAUUUGUUUAAAGCGCCGAUGGCGGGUUAUACUGACAAAAGUCAAAUAAAACUUGAAAAAGUAGGAUUACUGCAAAAACCGAAUAUGCAAGGACCAAUUUGUUAUUUUCACAAACACCUACUUUGGCUACAAGAUGAAAGAAAUGCCGUUAUUAGUGAUUUGGUUGGAAGGAACUUAGCUACGCUAAGCAGUAAUUCUAUAUGGGGUUUAAAUAUGGUGUACGUGGUCGACAACACUCUACGGUCGUUACCGGCUAACUUCACGUCAUGGGAAGACAUUAUUGUUACUCCGGAAACAGUAGAUGUUACAUCUGUAAAAGUAUUGGGCUCGUCUGAAUCUUUCAAUAUAACUUGGAAGCCCAUUGCGAAUGUCAACUAUGGAACUGUGUUUUACGAACUUCACAUCGACGGUAUCUCUAAGAAUAACUCUGCCGUGGUAACCAAUGAGCCGACAAUUCAGUACUGGAAAACAAUUGCGCCAUUUACCAGGAUAUACGUCGCAAUUCGCGCAUUCACUUAUUGGGCAACAUCUCCUCAAAUACGGGCAGAAGUAUAUUCCCCACCCUCCACCCCCUCGGCGCCGCGAAAUCUUAGAUUUUACGUUGCUUAUGAAAAUAAAGAAGACAUUAACAUUUCGAAUUAUGCAUCAAUAACAUUUCGAUGGGAUCCGCCGCUAUUUCCCAAUGGGGUUCUUCAAGGUUAUAAAAUUAGAUGUUGGUAUGCCGAAAAUGAAGUAGAAACAGAUAUUUGUGCUGUCGAAAAACCAGCUAACGAAACAGAAUUUGAAAUGACAGAAGUGGAGUCCAUCGCACAGAUAUAUUUUCAAGUUCAAGCGUUCACGGAAAUUGGGUAUGGUAUUGAAUCACAGCAAAUAUUAGUGAAUACAAGUCAAGAGUCGCCCAUUCCCACAUUAAUCAUCGCCUCUACCGACACUAUUUCCCUGGACGACACUGAUUCGAAUCAAAAUCACAGCUUAGUGACCGCUAUAAAUGCCCCCAUCGAAAUUGGACUACUGAUAAGGGAAGAGAAAUUAUUUUGGAUUAAUAACAUGCAGGAGAUUUUUAUGUACCAUUCUAACACGGGAAAUAAAUCUAAAAUCAUGGAUAUUAAAGAUACACCCAGAAGUUUAACGAUUGAUUGGUUGGAACGAAGUUUAUACUUCUCUGAAGUAUCUGAAGAUAUCUCACAAUCUACCGUCUACAAAUUAGAUUUAAAUUACCUUGAAAACAAUAAUCUCGUAAACGUUAAGACGUUGUUUUCCAGGACCGCCAACAUAUCUAAAAUCGAAGUUUCUCCGUUCGCCAGAAAAUUAUAUUGGGUAGAAACGGUUGACGAUUUAACAUUCAAAAUCAUGCAAAGCAACCUAGAUGGUUCAGAUUCUCGAGAUUUUUUUCUAAAAAGUUUAAAACGAAAGCGAAGUAUUGUUGAAGAAUCUUCAGACGAGUCUCAAUGUAACUGCACACCCAAUGUUAAUGUGGAACCUACAUUUACACUUGAUCACUCAGACGUAACAGCAUUACCCUCACUUGUCUUUGUCGAUUCAGAAACCAAGGACAUAAUUCAGGCCGACAAAAACGGCUGUAUCUGCAAGAAAAUCGUCGAAAAUCACGUGGUCAGCAAAACAUACCCAAUUAAAACCUUGAAAUCAGAUUUCGGGUCCCUAUAUUGGACCAAUGGCAACGGAUCGUUGUACGUCUUCAAAAGACCCGAAUCAGCAUUAAUAACAAAAAGAUUAGAAGCAGUAGACUUUUUGAUUUAUGGGAAACAUACGCAACCACAACCUGCUCUGAAGUGUCUAACGCCCCAACAGCACAAUAACUUUAUAGCUACUCUAGAAACAAAGACAGCAAGCUCUUUGCUUCUGAAUAUGCCGGAGUUUUCUAUACAUGAAAACUGUUCGAAUACAACAAUGGCGACAGUUAGGUACACGAUCGUCUACAAGGAAUUGUUUGGAAAAGAAAAAAUGGAAGACGCUACAACCUUUGACAAAGUGUUUUGGAUAAACAAUCUGAAACCAUUUUCCAAAUAUGCUGUUUCCAUUGCGCUGUGUAAUUACUUUACCAAAGAAAGGGAUAUUAUAGUGGGUCCACCUAUAACAUUUCAAACUGCUCCAGGAGCACCUUCCAAACCGCAAAACGUAACAGCAUCUGUUUUGCAACCCACUCUGGCACGAAUAAACUGGUUGCCUCCUGAGCAACUUAAUGGAGCAGUAGUCCGAUACGAAAUUCACUGGUUAACACAAGAUUUGUUCAGUCGCCAGAGGGGAGAGCAGCCCGUAGUGUAUGUCCAAUACGCCGAUAACAGCAGUACGCUAACUAAUUUGUUACAAAAAUUAACCCCAAACGAGACUUAUACUAUUUGGGUUAAGGCUUACAGCGAGAUGAACGAAACAUCUUCCGAGAGCGACCCAGUACAAAUUACAACCUAUCCUGAACCAGAGAAUUUAAUAUUAGUGAAUAAAACUUCCCGCACCCUAUUGCUGGGCUGGAAAGUCACACAACAUAUCAAAGAGUUUCUCAUUGAAUACACAUCCAUUGCCUCUUCUUACGAAUGGCAGGAAGCAAAAUUCAUUAAUGACAACAGUGAAGAGAUAAAAAUUAACGUUGAAAAGUUGAAACCAAAAACCCAUUACAAAUUUAGACUAUCUUUAUUAUACAAUAAUCAUCCAGAGUGGUAUAUCUGGCCCAAAGAUUCCAGGUUUACCUUUGAAACUCUUGGUGACAGACCUAGUCCUCCUGGCAUUCCUAUUAUACAGUAUGUCAAACCAAACGUUUACAAGGUGGUAUGGGAAGUUUCACAAGAAAAUGGAGCUCCAAUUGAGCUAUAUAUGCUGGAGGGUUUAAAAAUUAGAAUAUUUAGGGAUAAAAGAAGUACAAAUGCCAACCGAACUGCCUGGUUUUAUGGUGCUCCCUCAAUAGAAGAAGAGAGUUUUGAAUGGGAAUCCCUUUAUAAUGGCACAGAUACUGCAUGGAUAAUAGAUGGGCUAAGUGACAAAUAUAAGUAUGCAUUUAGGGUAUCCUCCCUGAACUCAUUCGGUUGGAGUGACCCUAGCGUUGAAAGCAAUGAAUUUGAUAUAAGUGAAGCUGACAGUAUGUUACAGAAGCAAAGUUCCAUGAACCUUAUUUUCAUUGCAACUUUCGUGCCAAUAUCUAUAUGUCUUUUUGUUGUAAUUUGCUUUGCAUACAUGACACAUUCUGGACGAUGCAGUAAACAAAAAAAAAUUCAGCAUGUGAUGCCCGUAGCCAGGCGACCAGAUGUGGAACUAGCCACUCUAAGGGAGCUACCACGUAGGGGUAUACACAGUACUAAUAUAUUGUACGUUUCUGCGGUAUCCACCCCCGAGGAAAUUACCAUGUUGCCACAUAUAAGGAGAGAUCAAAUCACUCUGACCAAUUUCCUGGGUAGUGGUGCUUUUGGCGAAGUUUACGAGGGAGAAGCGAAGCAAUUGGGUAAUGGGGCAAGCGAUCUAAAGGUUGCUGUCAAAACCCUAAAAAAGGGCGCUUCAGAACAGGAAAAAAACGAGUUUCUUCAAGAAGCCCAACUGAUGAGUCACUUUAAGCAUGAACAUAUAUUGCAACUGUUGGGGGUGUGUUUGGAUAACGAUCCCCAUUUUAUUAUUAUGGAGCUCAUGCAAGGUGGCGAUUUGCUGAUGUUUUUGAGGAACUCAAGGACUCAAAAUAAUGUACCAUCAUUAACUCUAAUAGAGCUGCUAAAAAUGUGUGUUGAUGUCUCAAAGGGUUGUAAAUAUCUAGAAGAAAUGCACUUUGUACAUAGAGAUCUUGCUUGCCGGAAUUGUCUAGUUUCAUCUGUUGAGAGGGAAAACCGCAUCGUAAAAAUUGGUGAUUUUGGUUUAGCCAGAGAUAUUUACAAGAACGACUAUUACAGAAAAGAAGGUGGACUAUUACCAGUCAAAUGGAUGGCACCAGAAGCAUUAGUCGAUGGUGUUUUCACCAGUCAGUCGGAUGUUUGGGCAUUUGGCGUGUUAUUAUGGGAAAUUAUGACCUUAGGACAGCAACCCUAUCAGGCGAGAAGCAAUUUAGAAGUUCUGCAUUACGUGAGAGUGGGAGGAAGACUAGGGAAACCCACCGACUGCCCUGAUGAUUUAUAUGUUCUUAUGUUAAAAUGUUGGGAGUUUGAACCAGAGAAUAGGCCAACUUUCAAAUAUUGCCUAGAAGUUUUGGAUCGUGCUCAUCAACAACACAUGAGAAAUCCUAUAACAGCAGCUCAUUCACAAUAUAUAAGCACUGUGCCAAAUUUGCUUGACGGAAUAUCGAAUGCUGCAUAUUUUAUCGAUGAAAGCAAGAACAAUCCAGGUAUAUCAAGGACGAAAAGCGAAAGUGAAGAUGAAACAAACAAGGAACAGACGCCGUUCCUAGCCCAAGAAGCAACUAGUUCAAGUACCAAAGAAGUUCCCAAAUAUUUAGAACUCGUGUAUGAUCCUGAACCAGAAACACCCACCUUAGAAAAUGAUGGAUAUGAAAUUCCUAAUCAGUCCAUGGAAAUGACUACUCAAAGCUGUGUGAAACCAUCUGACAAUACAACGGUUUCCAAUGGAGUUGUUUACAGCAAUAUAAUGUAAACAAGUUGGUGUUUGAUACGUGUUAACAGUGGAAAAAGCUUUAAUUUUUAUGCUCAAAUUCUGUGCCUUCAUGUCAUUUAAAUAAAAACUACCUCACUUUAAUGGCAAUAAGUUGGCUGAGAGAUAACAUCUUUGACACCUCGCGCAUAUAGCUUGAAGAGCAUUUAUGACAAUUGUACUGUUGUACCGCCUGAUUAAUUCACAGAAAUGCUACUAAAAUUGUUAAUACUAAUAAACCACACAAUCUUGCCCUCAAGUACCAAAAAUUUAAGUCUAAAAGAAAUCAUUGUUUUUAAGACUCAUAUUUAAGAAAUGUUACCUGAUAGCAUAAGUGUCUUAUUGUAGUGUACUAUAGUUCUGGGGGACUAAGUUGUAGCUUCUUAAUCUUUUUCUGCUAAGCAGACAGGGAACAUCCAUAAAAUAACGGUUAAUUGCAGUUUUAAGAAACAAAUGUUAGCAGCCUUUUCAGUAUUUUUGAAUCUCAAAAGUUCAAUCAAUACUUUCAUACCUCCAAUUAUCUCAUCAUCUAUCUCAUAAGAUACCAUUCACCUAAUAUAAGAAAAAUUGUUAAAUCAAGUUUCUAGUUUUGUUAAAUCUACAUUGGUUGUGGACAUUCAUCUGAUUAAAUUAGUUUUGUAUAAAUUUAUUCAGACAUUAUCCUGUAAAUAAAAAAAGCGAAAUAUUCAAAAUAUAAAUAAAUUGAUAAAAAUGUUAAAGUGAAAAAAUAUGAUUUUUUCAACAAAUUUCAUUAUGUCCAAAAUUAUAAAAACUUACAGAUUACAACCAAUAUCUGAAACUUUUAUUCCUUAUAAAAAUGUGUUAUAUUUUAGUUUUUUUAAGAAGUCGUUUUUGUUAGCUGUGUGUGUGUACAAACACUCAAAGAACUAUAUUUUUACCAAAUUCAAUUUUCUUUAUUAGAAUAUAAAAUUACUGUGUAAAUACCUUUUAUUGUACAUACCAAAAAUUGUGAUCUAGUUUUAAGGUUAGAUUAAUUAGAUUAUCUUUAAUAAAAUGGCAAAC